GAGAGACUCUGGCUGGAGGCACUCCGACUAUGAUCAUGCGUGGAAGCAGAGACUGGACAUGACGAUCUCCUGUCAAACCUCUCCUCUCUUCGUUUCUUUCGUGUCGCUCCGCUCCUCUUUGUAAACCCUAGCAUAUCGGAUUCCUGUCUUAAGAAUCACGUACCGUUCCUCAGAAUGGCGGUGGAGGUGACGAAGCUGUUGUACAUACUGGUGGUAGACGGAGAGGAGGGGAGGAGGGAGGGAAGCAAAGAGACUGAUAUUGAAAAAAUUAGAGAGAAAGAUAAGGACGCCUUUCGAUAUACUCGUUCGGUUCUGCAGAGUACUCUGCAGCUCAUGGGAUGCAAAUCCAGACACGCGUUUAAGAUCAGCCGAAGGGUGUUCGAGAAGAUUAGAAAUGUAUGUGCUGGCGAAAGUUCAGUUUCAGUGUGUACAGAGACAUUAGAGCAGGAUAACCUAAAUACAUUUCAGGAAGAGGAUUAUAAUUAUUUUGCUGCAAGCUUGGAUAAACAAGAUGAUAGAAGCAAGAGCAUACCAUUUGAGUUAUAUAAAAAGCGCACGACUGUGGUAGUUAGAAGACACACUUUUCUAGAUGUUAUAUGUGAUGCUCUGGCUGAAUAUAAUUAUGUGGGCCUCAAUCAGAGGGCUGAUCUUACUAUAGCUUGCAGGUUACGAGAAAGAAGGGAAUCCAUAACUGUGCUACUUUGUGGGACAAGUGGCUGUGGAAAAUCUACUUUGUCUGCAUUGCUGGGCAGCAGGUUGGGAAUCACAACUGUUAUAUCCACUGACUCCAUUAGGCAUAUGAUGAGGAGCUUUGUGGAUGAAAAGGAAAACCCUCUGCUUUGGGCUUCAACUUACCAUGCUGGGGAGCAUUUAGAUCCAUUAGCAGUUGCUGAGGCAAAGGCUAAGAGAAAAGCAAAGAAGUUAGCUGGUUAUUCUACCCCAGUGCCCCAAAAGGAUUCUGCUGCUAAUCAUAUGACAAUUGGAAAAUAUCCUCAGGAGGGGAAUGCUAGUACUUUCAAGUUGAUCAGUCCAAAACAAAUGGCAAUUGAAGGAUUUAAGGCUCAAAGUGAGAUGGUUAUUGAUAGUCUUGACAGAUUAAUCACUACAUGGGAAGAGCGUAAAGAAUCAGUUGUUGUUGAGGGUGUUCAUUUGAGUCUUAAUUUCGUGAUGGGACUAAUGAAAAAACAUCCUUCAAUAAUACCUUUCAUGAUUUAUAUUGCAAAUGAAGAAAAGCAUUUGGAACGGUUUGCAGUCCGUGCAAAAUACAUGACACUAGAUCCAGCUAAAAAUAAGUAUGUUAAAUAUAUACGAAACAUCAGGACAAUACAAGAAUAUCUCUGCAAUCGUGCUGACAAGCAUCUGGUGCCGAAGGUUAACAACACUAAUGUUGAUAGAAGUGUGGCAGCUAUUCAUGCCACAACAUUCAGUUGCUUACAGAGGAGGCAUGAGGCAGGAGAGAAGCUUUAUGAUCCCUCCACGAACACAGUUUCUGUUAUUAAUGAGGAAUACCGGAAUUACCGUGCUACUUAUUCCUUGAGCUCUAAGGGUAUGUUUCAAAUGCUUCAAAGAAAUGAUUCUUCUAGGCAUUUGAUGGCUCUUCUCAAUAAUGAUGGAUCCGUAGCAAAGGCUUGGCCAGUAUACUCAUUAGAUAUCAAUGGCAAACCUGUUAUGGACCAUUCCUUUAAGAAUGGGAUAAGGGGUCCUAUAUAUGGACCAUUGCAAAUUCGGAAGGCUGAAACUGUCAAUCUGCAGUUUGGCUACUUUGGGAUCAGAGAUUGGCUGAGUGAUACUGGUUGUACAAGCCGUGCUAGUAGUGUGGAUGAAUCAAGGGGGGAGCUGACAGACAAUUGCAGUAGGUAUCAUUCAUCCUGUUGCAGUUCACCAAGGUUCUGUGAAGGACCUUCCAAGGAGCUCAAAGAGGAACAAUCUGUGCAUGGUAGUGAUGAAGAGAUUGAUGAGCUACCUGAUAUAGACAGUGAUGAGGACUUUGGGGAGGAUUUCAAACAUAAUCAUGAAGAGCUGGAAGGGUCAGUGGACGAGGAGUCUACGAAAUCAGACGAGGAGUAUGAUGAUCUUGCUAUGCAGGAUUUUCAACAGAGUGGUUACUGUUCUGAUGAUGAUGAAGAAUCCAUGAAUAAGUUUGAGUUGAGUAAUAAGGUUGUACCGGUGUCAGGGGACUUGAUAUCUGAGGAAGCUAUCAACUUUGAUGAAAUCUACCAACAAAAGCUUGGUCUGUUCUUCAGAAGCGACGGUGACGCAGGUUUGGGACCAUCACAGCUCUGCUAUUCUUCUUUCCUGGGCAAUAACAGAAGCAUAAGGCGUUCUCAGAGCAUGGAAAAGUCUGAGAGUGUUGCAAAGGUCUUAUGAGUUUUUCCCCUUCAGUAUUUUCCAUUUACUCCUUUUAAAUAUGUUUUUCAUUUUAUGUUUUAUCUUUAGUUUUUGCCUAUUAUUCCUUACUUUUCUUGGCGGCUAGUGAAAGGGGUAUAACCUCUUUCUUUUUAGUUUUUAGUUUUUAGGAUAGCGGUGCAUCCAGUGGUGUUACUCUUUGUAAUUGGUGCACGCUCAGUGAUCUCAAAAACGAUUGUUAAAACUGUGUACUUAUUUAUUUUCAAUUUUGAUCGUUCACUAGGAUGUGUAUUUUAUA